GCUAUUCGUAAAAUAAAAUGUUCACUUUUUUGUUUUUAGACGCUAAUUUUGAUUUUCCUUAAUGUUGAAGUAUGCGGAAUGUGUGGAAGAGAAAAUAAGAUAUACAGUGAAAAAGCAAGGAAAUGUUAUAAAGAAGUCCGGACGUUAAGAAAAGCUAUAUAGUGUCGUAGAAAACCUAAAAUAAAAUACAUGUAUACGGGUGUGCAUAUUGAGUGAUUAUAAUAAUACUGUUUCGCCAAACAUAAGUUCAAGAAAGUUGUGGGUGGUUUUGCGACAUUCCACUGUCGACGCGUAAACACUUCCGUUGUUGAGGGCGGUAAAUGGGGCAAGGCGAAUAUAUCUGUGUACUCCCAGCAGUCUCGCCACAAAUUCACCACUUUGCAGCUGCUUACGGUGCUACCAUAGUUUUCUUUCACUGCAAACUAAAUGUGUAAAACAAUAAAUCACAUGCAAAUUUAGUGAAUAAUAAAAUGCAGUCCAUACAAAAGUGAAACUGUGUAAAUACAAAGUGAGGAAUAAAACGCGCACAAAGUAACAAUAUUAAUAAUAGGCUAAGCGACAACUAAAUUUAUAGCUAUACCCUCAUUGUAUUGAUAAUAAUAAAAACAACGUUCAAAACAAAAACUAAGCAACAAGACACCACAAUCGCCAGCCCACCCAAACAACUACAUAACAUUUAACGCGUGUGGCGACGCGACGAGGCUAUUGCCGUGUUGCAACUCGCCGACCAAGCAUUGUCUUUCCCCCCGGGCAGCACUACCAACAGCCUGCCAAAUGAAAAUGGUAGAUAAAUCGUCCAAGUUGGAUAAGUUUAGUGCCAACAUGGGAGGUGGCGGCAGUGGCGCCGGUGGUAGUGGCAGCGGUGGUGGCGCCGCCGGUGGCAGUGGUGGCAAUAGUGGUAUUAUGACUGGCAGUAGUGGCUAUGGUGCUGCCGCUGCCGGCGGCGUUGGCAGUCAGAAUGGCCAGAAGCCGGUGCCAAUGAAAUUGUUCGCUGCCUGGGAAGUGGAUCGUACACCGCCAAAUUGCAUACCAAGGUAAGUUUUGCAUUCGGUUUUCUUUUAUGUAAUCUCAACAGGAGCCCUUUUUGCGCUGCUUGUGCUAUUUUGGUAUAUGGU